AAAACAUUUAAUGAGCAGAGCUGGAGUUUACUGAGUUGUUUUCAUCUCCUCUGUAAUCACGGGAGCACCAAGUCAGCACCCUGUACCUCAAGAUCUGAUGACCAACGCCGGCAGGCUGUGCAGGGUGAAGGCUUUGGAAAGACUGGGUUUCUACCAACACUGCACAACAGAGCUUCAUUUCAAGAGUCAGCGAAGGUGAAGUCCACGAACAUGUACUUUCCCCCAGGCAUUUUCUGAAACCCUUUGAGGAGGCUCAUGAGGAGACUCAAGCAGCCAGCACCAGGCUGUGCAUACUAAACAGUUUUCGAAUGAAAUCCAUCAGGCUCAGGAAGUCCAGCUGGACCCAAGGAUCCCAGCAGGCGCCCCUGCACAGAGGCCCUUCCAGUCGGACACCUCUGAGGACAGCUGGUGCCCACCCUGCUGAUCCUGUGCCUUGAACCAGGGCUGUGUCAGGUUGCUGUGCGGAAGUGUCGAUGUUUGUUCCUGAUUGCUGGAGGCCAUGGCUUCAGUGUCCCCUAAGCUGAGAGCCUGUGGUGGGCAGGACAGCUGUCCUCAGCGAGGGCCCCUGUGCCCGGCCCUGAGUGUGCGCCAUGGGCCUGCUCGCCUACCUGAAGACACAGUUCGCCGUGCACCUGCUCAUUGGCUUCGUCUUUGUGGUCAGUGGGCUAGUUAUCAACUUUGUGCAGCUGUGCACGCUGGCCCUGUGGCCCAUCAACAAGCAGCUCUACCGUCGCCUCAACUGCCGCCUGGCCUACUCCCUCUGGAGCCAGUUGGUGAUGCUGCUGGAGUGGUGGUCCUGCACCGAGUGCACACUCUUCACCGACCAGGCCACUGUGGACCACUUUGGGAAGGAGCACGUGGUUGUCAUCCUCAACCACAACUUCGAGAUCGACUUCCUAUGUGGGUGGACCAUGUGCGAGCGCUUUGGCGUGCUGGGGAGCUCCAAGGUCCUGGCCAAGAAGGAGCUGCUGUACGUGCCCCUCAUCGGCUGGACGUGGUACUUCCUGGAGAUUGUAUUCUGCAAACGGAAGUGGGAAGAGGACCGAGAUACCGUCAUAGAGGGGCUGAAGCGCCUGGCUGACUACCCUGAGUACAUGUGGUUCCUCCUGUACUGUGAAGGAACGCGCUUCACAGAGACCAAACACCGUGUCAGCAUGGAGGUAGCCACCUCCAAGGGACUGCCGCCGCUGAAGUACCACCUGCUGCCACGGACCAAGGGCUUUACCACGGCAGUUCAGUGCCUGCAAGGGACAGUGGCAGCUGUCUACGAUGUGACCCUGAAUUUCAGAGGAAACAAGAACCCGUCUCUACUGGGAAUCCUCUAUGGGAAGAAGUACGAGGCGGACAUGUGUGUAAGGAGGUUCCCUCUUGAGGACAUCCCACAGGACGAGCAGGAGGCGGCACAGUGGCUGCACAAGCUCUACCAGGAGAAGGACGCACUACAGGAGAUGUACAAGCAGAAGGGCAUCUUUCCAGGGGAGCAGAUCAAGCCUGCCCGGAGGCCGUGGACACUGUUGAACUUCCUGUGCUGGGCCACCUUGCUCCUUUCACCCCUCUUCAGCUUUGUCUUGGGCGUCUUCGCCAGCGGGUCCCCUCUUCUGAUACUCACAUUCCUAGGGUUUGUGGGUGCAGCAUCCUUUGGAGUCCGCAGACUGAUAGGAGUGACAGAAAUAGGAAAAGGGUCCAGCUACGGAAACCAGGAAUUUAAGAAAAAGGAAUAAUUGAUGGUUGUGAUUGAAUGCAUAUAACCUGACGUGGUAUCCAAUUAACUCAAUUAAAAACAGAACAACACAUACAGAGCAAGGAGAAAGAGACACUUAGAAACUAUUUUUCUUAUUAACUGGUGACUAAUAUUAACCAAUAAAACUUGAGCCAAGAGCAAAGAACUGAGAAGGCCUGCCAGGUGAAGAUGGCGCUCAGCUCCCAUCGGGCAGGAUCCCCUGCCCACCUGCCUGCCACGGACUGAAGCCCCAGAGGCCAACGUUCUGGGCUGUGCACCACAGUUGGCUCCUUGUGGGGUGUCACCGUCUCUCCAGAGCUCCGCUUCCAAAGGGGGCCUUUGGCUGCUUUCUCUUCUUAAACUUAGAUGGAGGUUUUUGUUUUUAUCGGUAUUUCAGGAACUUAACCUGGCCCCUCAGCUCUUCCCCUGCGCCCCUCAACACUGGCUCCUUGUGAAUCUUCUGCUGUCUCUGGGGUGGUCAGCACAUCCCAGCCCCCAGAGAGCUGCUGUUCUCUGCUUGGCACCUUCACUUCCAGGCCCUGAGGCGGGGCUGGAGAAGUCCUGAGUGAUAAGCACACACUGAAUGUAAAGCGCACGCGUUUUGAGUGCAUCCCGUCUGCCUCUCUGUCCCCUCAUGAUGGGGCUGGCAGAAUCGAGCGCCUGUUUUGUUUUCUGCAGCCCUGCCCACCCUGCUUCCUGUUUAACUCUGUGUAGACAUCUCGCAUCUCUUAAAGUGAGUGGACCAUGUAGAGAUCAUUGAACCCCAAGGUCUUCCUGCUCCCAGAGCCGGCGUCUCUCUCUUCCUCUCUCUUCCGCCACUGCGCUGGGGUCAGGUACAGGGGCUGCGGUUGGCAGGACCCACGGAUUUUUUUGGAGAAGUAGUGGCACCAGUAAGUCCCUUUCUUCAUUUGAGAGUGUCAUCCAGAGACUGUCAAUCUUGAGCCUGUGGGCAUCUGGAGAGUUUUUACUUGGUUUGAGGAUGGCUCACCACCUCCUGAGGAGAACAGGAAGUGAAGGUCUCCCUCCCUCACCCUCUGUGGGGCACAAUGUGUCCUCAGGGAGGCUAUCCCUGUCCAGACAGGUUCCUUGAGGCCCUGAGGCCCACUCCCCACCUCUACAACAGCCCUGCAGAAGACAGAGUGUCUCCAUCUGCACUCAGUGUCUUCAGCAAAGUCCCUUGUCCCACCUGCAGAUGUUUCUUCUGGCAGCAUAGCUUAGCUUGGUAUAUGGUGGCUGCUGGACCACCUGGAGUAGUAGGCAGGUCUCUCCUGUGUUGGGCAUCCAUGCUGAGCUUCCCGCAGCCUCUUUAUCAUCACACUCCUGUCACCUUUAGCAAGGGGGAGAUUUGGGUGUUCGCUGGCACGUGGAACCAGCGUUCUGAAGGUAGACAGAUUGAGCCUCGGGAAAACCCAGCGGAAAGAGGCAGGAAAGUUACAAAGGAGAUGGAGAAGUAGAUUCUGCAUAAGUCCUGGGUGUGUCAGGGACCAGGAAGGCAGCCUGGGGUCUGUGGAAAGGGGAGCAAUGGGCCAGUCUCCAUGGUCACAAGCUGUUCACAGGGGCAAUGGCUGAGCAUGAUGCCUUGUGAUGGCUUCACUGAGGAACACACUUUGACCUCUCCCUCCUCUCAGCACGGCCCCACAGGCCCCGGGUGCUGCGCCACCCAGGGUUUCCUUUCUUUUCCUCCCGUGACAUGCUGUUCCUUGUCCUCUGUGUGCCCUGGCUCAUGUCGUUGCUGAGUCACUAACACUGGGCGCUUGCAGCAGUGCAGGGCCACCAUGCGCACUCCGGCCCAGCAGUGCAUCUGGGCUUCUGCGCUGUGCGAUCUGCAGCUCUGGCUUUCCCAGAGCCCCCUCCCCAGCUGACAUGCGAGGGCUAAGCACUGCGCUGAAGAUCAGGGCUUUACCCCUGAGACCCCUUAUUCUGGCCCAGCUCUGCUAGCACCUUGACACCAAGCCUUCCAAGAGCAAUAAAAACCACGCUGUGAAUGUUUGGGCUUUUUUUUUUUUUUUUUUUAAUGUGGGUGUGGGAGACGGUGGAUUUUGCUUUCAUCUGCUUCUGAAGAAGGGGGUAGGAGUGCUCCUUUGAUUUUUAAAUUAAAUUCAUAUAUGUCAGAAUAGUGCUUUCUCUUUUCCUUUACCCCACUCCUGAAUUGUGCGCUGCUGGCGUUCUGUUAGAUUCAGGCAGUGUUGGGGCAUUUUGACACCCUCCGCAUAUCUGUGCUGGCCACCAUGGGACAACACUGUCCAGGCCUGGGGGCCAAGGCCUGAGCAGAGAAGUGGGCUGGUCCUGGGGCUUCCAGGAGACUCCUAGGACCCCAGGCCCUGCCCUUGGGUGCCCUAUCUGGGACAUGGUCUCCUGGGCCACUCACCACCUGCCUGUGUCUUCUGACACAGUCCCAAGCCAGGUGCCUUGGGGUCCCACCCUCCCUGAGGGCUUGUCCAUUGUCCUCAUGGUCUUCCCACACUGUGUCUUGGCUGUGGUUCUCCCAGUCAGCUCACAUAGACUUGGCUGGGCCUGUGUGAGCUGAGGGAGAAGCGGGGUUCUGCCGGGGCCACUGGAAGUUGCUAGGCCUCCCACAUGUCUGCAGCAUUUCCCAGUGCCUUCUGGCUUCUAGGGACCUGUUCUGUCUUGGGGCCUCUUUGAACAUGGUAAGGAGGCAGGCGGGAAGCUGGGAGGACACUGAGUGGUCAGAGAAGGCAUUUCCUACAUCAGGGACUGUCUUUCUCAAAGUAAGGCCUCAGGAAAGUCUGAAACGGCUACAUACUGAGAAGGCUUUUGACCCAGAGACAAAAAAGCCCUGCUGACUGGCACUGGGUGAUGGCACACCAAAAACAGCUCUCUUCCCUCCUGAGAGGCACAAAGGUCCUUGCCCUCAGGCAUAGAGCCUGGUUGAAGAGCUGAGUGCUGUGUGUAUAAACCAACACUAACACACAACAGCAAUGUGAGCAACCCUUGUUUGUAAGAAGUAACGCAGGUGUAAGCCUGGCUUGUCUCCCGCUCUCGGGCCAUGCACCAUGAUGUAAAAGCAUCCCUCCAUUUAGCUGGCCAAGGUGUCCCUGAGCACUGGUGUCAACCUGCAAAGCCUGAGAUGCAGUGGUGACCCAGCUUCGAAUUGCACCCACAGCAGACCAUGCACUGUCACGAGGCCAUCCAUAAGCAUCCUGAUGGGUUUGGGACAAGGAACAAGUGGCUCUCUGCAUGUGGCUUUGUGUCUGCCGAAGACAUAAGACAAACCCAAUAUAACCUCUCCCGCCUGCCAACUUCCAUUCAGCUGCCUGUCUCCUGCCCCAGCAAGCCGCAUGCAAGCCCUGGCAUGCGACAGGAGGUGCCCAGCAGGGUAGUGUAGCCUCUGGCCCCUCCGCAGCAUAGCUGGUCUCAGGGCAAACCUUCGAGCCAGAAAUGCCUGCCUUUCUUCUAGAAACAGCACAUCUCAGCCUUUCUCUAAUGGCCACCCCAAACCAAAGGCAACCUGCCCGUAGCAUCCUGGUCCUGGGGCCCACAAGAGGGAGUGACCCACAGACCUGGGCUCUGGCUUUGGGCCAGAGUCCUACUGUGGGCUGUCAGAGCGGGUGCUGAGCCUUGGACUUCUGACUCUCUCAUAUUGGGGCCAGGAUUCAAAAACACAGGGACAGUUUGGGGUAUAGUGUCACAGUAUGAUCUGCCUGACUUCCUAGGUGGACCCAUGAAUUAAAUUUAUGUCAAGUACGUGCUGCUUGUCAAUUCAAGGGAAAUGUGGUAUUCUCACAGACUGUGUCAGAGCCCAGGAAGUCACCAUGGAUGCCAGCCCAGUCCAUCCAGGCAACAUGGCAGUAUCUGCCCAGAUGGCUGAGUUGUGGCAAAUCUUCAGUCUUUGCACUAAUGAGGUCAUCUGAAGCUUUUGUUUCUAACUUUUCAGUUUCCUAACUUGCUGUUGCAAAAGUACUGGACAGAAGUCGAACUGUGAAUGAGACACUGAAAUGCACUAAAUUGUAUUAAAUUAAACUGGAGUUACUUGACCGGUGAAGAAAUGCAUCCGAUCUACUUGUAUUUAUUGUCUCAGAAUUGUACGUUGUGACAAUCAAAUGUUGUUUGCCUCAAAGCCAGGAAACUCAACUGGCUUCAUCAUAGAGCUCGCCAGCACAUACUGUAACUGUACACAGACAGCUUUCUCUGUAAAACCACACCAUAUUCCUAGUGCCGCCCAUGACAGAAGUUAGGUUCUUUUUCUAUUACUGAGAAAUCACCAUACCUGCUGGCCAGUUUUAAAGGGACACAUUGUAUACAGGGUGCAAUGUAUUAUACAGCUGCUUCCUUUUGUACUCUUCAUUUUUACAAGUUUUGCUACUCACAAGCUUUAUAGAGUGGAGAGGGGAGGUGCUCUGCUGGGAGCUGGUGGUGACCUUGUAGGCCGGUGUCCCAAGGAGCGGCUGUACCAGCUGCUGUGCAGAGCUCCCUCCCACUCGGCCACAGUGGGGAGCGCGCACUUGGUGUUAUUUUCUGGGUAAGAUGCCCCAGGCAUCACAUUUGUUUGUUAAAAAUGCUGCUGUGAAAGAGAGGAAUGAAAUGUCCACAAUAUAAGAGAAGGUGACUCUUGGCCUCCUUUUGUUUUCUUUCUGGUCUAUGUGGACUUUUGGGGGGACUUUUCUCUGGGGAAUAACCAUGACCACCUCCCAGGUCCUGACCUUUUGGAGGUCUCAACCUGCCACCUAAGCUCCUGAUCCUGAGCCUGUGUCUUCUGGAAGGAGCUGAGGAGACCUGGCAAAAAGCAUAGAGGCUCAGCUGGCACAGGAAAUGUACUGAGUAACCCACAUUCAAAGCCAGGCUUUCAUUCAAAGCAGGCAUAUGUAGGCCCAAACCUUAAAGGCAAAUUCUACUGAGAAAACCAAGGAGUCCCCCUUUCUGCUUUUUUAAAAAGAAUAAAAACAAAAACUUU